UGCAACUUCUCUAGUUCCUGUCCCUUUCUAUUCUUAUCAAUUCUUGUUGCUUUUGCUCCAAGCUUUCUGUUUCUCUCUCUCUUUUUUUCUUCUUUGGUUUUCAAAAUUUCUGACUUUGAAAUGGGAACUGAAUUGUAGUCUGUGCAACUGUUGCAACGAGCAAACAACUCGUCAAAAAUACGACUUUGUUUUCUUGAACUUCUCCAACUAAAAACAAAUAUGUAAUUUUUUGGGGGUUUAAUAUUUGCGGUAACCGCCAAUUGUUGUGUGUCUACGACUUCGAUUAUUACGGUAGGUUUGGGGCACACGCUUAGUUGAAAUUAUGACGGGAUUUAUGGUCAAUUGCUUUCCAUUUCCUUUGGGUUUUGACUGAACCCAGACUUCUGGCCAUCAGCUAAUUAAUUACAGUUUUCCAGUCUUCCAUUGGUUUAUUUUUAUUUUAUUAAUUUGGUUCAAUUUCAAAACCCAAGGUGGAAAAUCAAUGGGUUUUCAAUUGGGUUCCCCUAAUUCCUUGGAAAGGUAAGGCCUUCACAGGUGGGAAUUCAAAGGGUUUUCAAGCGGGAUCUUGGGUUCCCUUAAUUCCUUGCAAAGUUUCGGUUUUUGGGUUGAAAGAGUGGAAAUUUGAGGUUUCUGGAUUGAAUUCUUGGUCCUGCAUAUACAGGAGAGCUUGAAGGAGUUAAUUUGCCUGUGAUUUUGGAGUUUUGAGAAGUGGUUGAUGAUUUAAGACUGGGUUUCAGAUUUGGGUUGGUGAUUUUGGGGGAUUGAUUAGGAUGGAUGAAGUUCAAGGUGGCGCCAGCUCGUUGCCGCCUUUCCUUUCCAAGACCUAUGAUAUGGUGGAUGAUGCUUCAACCGAUUCAAUUGUGUCUUGGAGUGCCAGUAAUAAGAGCUUUAUUGUUUGGAACCCGCCGGAGUUUGCCAGAGAUUUGCUGCCAAAGUUCUUCAAGCACAACAACUUCUCUAGCUUCAUCAGGCAGCUCAAUACAUACGGUUUUAGAAAAAUUGAUCCGGAACAAUGGGAAUUUGCCAAUGACGAUUUUAUCAGAGGUCAGCCAAACCUUAUGAAGAAUAUCCAUAGACGAAAGCCGGUUCAUAGUCACUCUUUGCAGAAUCUCCAAGUCCAAGGGAAUGGGACUUCCUUAUCCGAAUCUGAAAGGCAGAGUAUGAAGGAUGAAAUCGAGAGGCUUAAACAUGAGAAAGAACGCCUUGGUGUGGAGUUACAGCGGCUUGAGCAGGAGCGGCAGGGAUUGGAGUUGCAAAUGCAGUUCUUGAAGGAACGUUUGCAACACAUGGAAAGGCAGCAGCAAACCAUGACCAGUUUCGUGGCCCGGGUUUUGCAGAAACCGGGGAUUGCCUCCAAUCCUGUUCCGCAAUUGGAAAUCCAUGGGCGAAAGAGAAGGUUGCCAAGAAUCGGUUGGUCUUAUGAUGAAGCGAGCAAUGGAAAUAAUCAGGUGGCAAGUUCACAAGCUGGUAUUAGAGAAAAUGCGGAUAUGGAAAAGUUGGAGCAGUUGGAGUCAUUCCUAACAUUUUGGGAAGAUACCAUUUUUGAUGUUGGAGAGGCUCAUAUUCAGGUUGUUUCAAACGUGGAGUUGGAUGAGUCUACAAGUUGUGUCGAAAGCGCAGCUAUAUCUUCAAUACAACUUAAUGUUGACGCUCAGCCUAAAUCCCCGGGAAUUGACAUGAAUUCUGAACCUGCUGUAGUCGUUGCUCCUGAGCCUGCUGCAGCUGUACCUCCUGAGCCUGCUUCCUCAAAACAACAAUCCUCAAAAGAACAAACAUCUGGAAUCACUGCUUCCACGCCAACUGGCGUGAAUGACGUAUUCUGGGAACACUUCUUGACAGAGAAUCCUGGUUCAGUGGAAGCUCAGGAAGUUCAGUUGGAAAAAAGGGAUUCUGAUGGUAGAAAGAACGAAAGCAAACCUGGUGAUCAUGGCAAGUUGUGGUGGAAUAUGAGGAAUGUAAAUAACCUUACAGAACAAAUGGGGCAUCUUACUCCAGUAGAGAAAACGUGAUACUAGUUAUUUUAUUUGGGAUUUUGAUGCCCAGUGGCUCACAUGUUUUAUGCUCAUAGGCAUAAAUGUUUUGUUCUGGUUAUAAAUAGAUCUUCUAUGUUUGUUUUCAUC